CAAGCAGACAGGCUUCGAUGGGCCGAUAGCCGACAGUAUAACUGUGGCUUCAGCGGGACUCAGAAGCUGUCAGUUUACUCACUGCCCUCAAACGUUCACUUUCAGGACCUUCAAAGCCAAAGAAAAGGAGACAUGUCGGCGAAACUAGUGUUGGCCCUUAUUGUGGCACUCCAAGUGUCCAUGUGCCUGUCUGCCCCUGAGCCUGACAAGGAGCUGGUGGACAAGUAUGAGGACCUGAAGGCCACCUUCUACAAGCGCCUGCUGAACGCCUACAACAAAGCCCAGGCUGCCGUGGUGCCCUUGGCCGAGGGAAGCCCCCAGGCUUCCAUGGUCAAGGAGUACGUCGAUUCCCUCCAGGGCGAUCCCAAAAUGCAGAGCGCCGUCAAAGUCAUCACUGGCAUGGCAGGUGAGCUCGGCCCGGCUGUUGACAGAGCCCGUGCUGGAGCCCUGGGAGUGUACGGCGAGUACCUGCGCCCCUACAUCGGCACCUACCUGGACACGGCCAUCCAAGGCCUCAAGCCCAUGCUGGACGUUGUGCUGCCCGCCGACGAGUAAAGCUGCUCUCCCGUUGCUUCGUUGAACCCCAACUCCUUCCUCUCUGCAAGCCUGUAGACAUGCUGAUUUCACCUGAUGUAUGAGUUACAUAGAGAAAACAAAACAAAAAAAAAUACACCGCAUAUUCUUCCUGUGCAGCGCAAUAAUUACAGACGUGAACAAAAAAUGUGCUAAAUGCAAGUGAUUUAUUUCUAGUCAUGGCAUUGCAAACCAAUAUAGUGUUACAAACUGUGUGCAUGUAUAUAACUGUGGAUUUCCUAACCGGGAAUGGAUGAGAAGGAUAUCAUCAGGAGUCUGUGUGUGUGUGUGUGUGUAUUUGUCUUGAGUAAAUAAACUGACUUUAUGAACUUAAAGAA